AUGCUCUUGGGUGAACUAACUGACUGCACAAUUACCUCCCCUGUUGUUUUCCGUGUUACAGCACGCAAUGUUAUGAUGGAGUGCCGGGCGAUUGACUCUGGAAUGAGAGUAAAACUUUUCAUUUCUAACCCUGCCAUUAUGUACUACUUUGUUCGGUACUGUGAUGUGGGCAGCCGCCAUCAUUUUACUGGACCAUUGAACGUAUCCGCAUAUACGUUUGAUGAUAACACUCGGGCCUUUUGUAGUGUAAGGCUCAGUGUCGAUGCAGCUCGACCAUUGCCUGCUAUUGAUGAUGAUGGCAACAUCAUUGGCACCACCGCUACCAGGGUUCGUGUCCGUGAUUUGGAUAAAAAUCACCGCUUUCAAAAACUGAAAUAUAUUAUUUACAAUAAGGGGUUGAAUGUGGAGGCAUAUGCUCUUCAAAUGCAUGAUCUCUACAAUAGUCUUGCAUCUGCAGGUUUGGUUGCUGAUGAUUGCAACCCGGUGAGCAUUGUCGAGUCCGUCACUCGUCCAUCUACCGACCCCACCACCAACCGCCCAGUUCCCAGAAUUGUGCGGUCAUUGUAUUCAUACAAUGAGGGUGUUCUCCGUUUGGAGGGAUGGGAGCAUCCUUCCCUGACUCUCCGAAAUCUGCUGGAUGACAGCACCCCGUUCCCCCCCAGUUUCUUUGCCUUGCCCGACCCUUCUCGUGGCGAAACUUCUGAAGAUGAGAAUUAG